AUGGCUUAAAUACCAGGGCCUCCUGUCCCCUGGUGACUGCAGACGCCUGAGCCGGCACUCACAGCACAGAGCAUGGCCAGCCUGCAGGCUCCGCUCCUGGUGGCCCUCAUCCUCCUCUCGGUGGCUCUACAGGCAACGGAUGCAGGCCCCUAUGGCGCCAACGUGGAAGACAGCAUCUGCUGCCGGGACUACAUCCGCCUCCCGCUGCCCCAGCGUCUGGUGAAGAGUUUCUACUGGACCUCAGAGUCCUGCCGCAGGCCCGGUGUCGUCUUGCAAACCCUCAGGGACAGGGAGAUCUGUGCCAACCCCAAACUGCCCUGGGUGAAGAGGAUCAUUCAGAAGUUACAGGAGUGAGAAGGUCCCGGAUGACCUCGGCCUUGGCUUUCCAGAAGGCUCCGCCGGCCCUCCCUCUCCGCCAUCAUGGCAGCUGCCAAACAGAAGGCUGUGCCAGCGACUCCGCAUUCCCUGAGCUCCGUCCCGGCAGCUGUCCCCUCAGCCAGGCCUCCUGGUCACCUCUCCUGCCCUGGGGCAGUCUCUGCCCUGGCUCCUCAUGGCUUCCAAGCUCCUGGACCUGCUCCCGGCCUCCAGGUCUGCUGGUCCCCUCCGGCCUCGUCCCCUCCCCUCCUGCACACUGAGCUGCAGUCUCCCGCCUCCCGUCCCAGCCCUUCAUUUGUACCUCUGGGCAUGUCCCUCUGAGGCCUUGCUUGCCUCGGCAGGCCACGAUGGAGUUUCAUUCUGUGACUUUCCUGGUCCCCCAACAGACUCAACCUCAGUCUGCUCGGGAUCUGGGGCUGCCUGCUGUCCGGCCCUCCUGGUUAGGCCAAGGUCCCCAUCUGUGUCGCUCUGUCUGCUGGCCUCCAGGCCCUGGGCCUGAAUCCAAGAGUAGCAGGGGCCACGGGCUGAAUCAACAAGAAUAAUGUCCCCCCAUCUUUCACCAAAAGGAUGUAAUCCUUCAACGCAGACUCAGGUCACUAGAAAGGGGACAGCUGUGUCAAAUGUGAAUUCCCAAAUUUGCCCAAAUUCAUCCCCCCGCACCAAAUUUUUGCUAUCUACUGGGUCUUUUUUUUAAAAAAAAUUCUUAGUUUUAAUUUUAAUUAUUUUUUCUUUUUUUUUUUUGGCUCUGGGGAUUGAACUAGGCAAGCGCUCUGCCGCUGAGGUGCCUGCCCAGCGCGGCUUGGGCUUCUUGCUCUUUUUCUUCCCUCAGCCUUGGUGGCCCUCUGACAUCCAGCACUCAGGCCCGAGCUCCACCCCACGCCACCCCCCUCCUCCUUCCCUAAAUAGCUGAUAACCGAAUUCAUGCUGUGGUGACAACGACUACCUGACUUGGUAUUAUAAGCUCCAGUUAUUUAUAUGUGAAAAGAAUGUAACGACUUAAGAGGAAAUG